AUGAAAAGAAAACAACAAGACGAGAAGGAAAGAACAAGAGGCAACAACGACCUUCAUGUUAAACGAACUCGAUCAAGUAAUCGAAUAUCGGCAGAAGUACAUCACCAAUCCGAGGACGUUAUUUCUUCAAACAACAAUAUUGCAAGUAGACGAAGUCAAUCUCCUACAGGGGAAAAAGAGAACAUUAUCGGCUCAGAAGAUUCGGAGGAAGACAGAGAAAUAAAUCUAAACAACAAUAAUGCUACGCUACCAGAAUCGCAGUCGAGGGCUGAUGGGUCACCCAGUCGUCCUACCUUAAGCCCGAUUAAAGCUCAGAAUCAAUCUACUCCCAAGUCUUUACGGCAUGGCGAUAAAUUAUUCGCAACGCCUAUCAAAGUCAAAGGUAUAACUGGGACAGAUGAAACUCCACGCCUUCGACGCAACAUUGAUCGAUCGGCCAGAAGGAAGAGUACUAGAACCCUUAUUGAACGUACCGUAUUAGGCCUCAAUAGCGAUAAUGAUGACGAGGAAGAGGAUAUUGCAAACCAGAUAUACGAUUCAGACGAAGAUGGCGAAAUUGGGAUGGGCAACGACGAUACAAUUCAAGUAUCUGAAGAUCUACGCGAACCAUCUACUCCCUCUAAGCGUGGACGGGGCCAAUUAAAGGGACCAAAGGCUCGGCAUAGAUCAUUGACACCACCUCAGGAUCUUACACCUCACGAACUAUACUUCUCUCAAAAUAGGCCCGGGAGAUCCAAAACUGCGAAUUCCAAUCUAUCUUCUUUGGUGUUACUGGAUCACGAAGAAUAUUUUAGUCUUGCUCGGAACUAUAAAGACCAGCACGAAGAUGAUAUGAACUUUCUACAAGAUGUACAUGCCAAAUCUUUCAACCAAUGGCAAUUUGAGCUCGGCCAGGACUUCAACAUCUGUGUUUAUGGUUGGGGUUCAAAAAGGUCUCUGCUUCUCAAAUUUGCUGAACAUGUCUACAACACUAUGACUGAUCAUGCUCGGCAGAGAAUAGUCGUGGUGAAUGGUUAUGUACAAAACCUCACAAUUCGAGAGCUUUUGAAUACAACAGCAUGUUCUAUCUCUGGUCAUGGCACGAGAAUAGGUUCACAACCCGCAGAAAUGCUUGAAAACCUCACAAAUAUACUUGAUGAAGACAAAACUCAACAUGUGACUCUAAUAAUCCAUUCUCUCGAUGGAUCUGCUCUUCGUCGCCCUGCAUCCCAAACGAUACUUUCACGCUUGAGUUCUCACCCGCAGGUACAUCUAGUUGUGUCUGUAGAUCACCCUUCCUUCCAUUUGCUUUGGGAUAGUUCGCUUCGCUCAGCUUUCAACUUCCUCUUUCACGAUUGUACAACUUUUCUACCUUACACAGUAGAAGUUGACGUUGUAGAUGAAGUACAUGAACUUCUGGGGAGGAGCGGACGCAAAGUAGGGGGUAAAGGAGGUGUAAGCUUUGUGCUCAAGAGUUUGCCUGAAAAUGCAAAGAAUCUUUUCAGAGUCUUGGUAGGGGAACAACUUGCAACUAUGGAUGAAAACCUCGUAGGCGAGCAUAAUGAUGAUGAAGAUGGCGUACAUGGAGUUGCUAGUAGGAAGAGUGAGCCUGGUGUGGAAUACAGGGUGUUAUACCAGAAAGCUGUUGAAGAAUUCAUUUGCAGUAAUGAAAUGAAUUUCAGAACGUUGCUGAAAGAAUUUCAUGAUCACCAAAUGAUAGAGAGUAGAAAAGAUGCUUUGGGGACAGAAGUGCUAUUUGUACCUUUCAGGAAGGAGGAAUUAGAAAACAUUCUUGAGGAUAUUGUAUCGAAGCUAUUGACAAUGGCUCGUGCAGUUCCUAAGAAUCCUUUGAUAUUUGUUCUCGGUGCUACUGGUACUGGAAAAUCACAAUUGGCUAUCGACCUCGCAAAACAAUUUAAUGGCGAAAUAAUAAAUGCCGAUGCUGUGCAAAUGUAUGAAGGUUUACCUAUAAUUACAAACAAGGUCACUGCCGAAGAACAAAAUGGUAUCCCACACCACUUGCUAGGAUUUAUUCCCCUGAGUGCGGAAACAUGGACAGUAGGGACAUUCAAGGAUCGAGCAAGCCUGAUAAUCCAAGAAAUUCGAUCCAGGAGGCGGAUACCCAUUGUAGUAGGCGGAACGCAUUACUAUACACAGUCUCUUCUAUUUGAGCAUGAGCUCGUUUCCUCCGGGAAAGGUUCUGGGGAAGGGCAGGAUAAUGAACAACUCUCCAUAGAAGAAAUAUCCAAACGAUUCCCAAUACUCGAUGCACCCACAGAACAAAUACUGGAUCGAUUGAGGGAAGUUGAUCCUAUUAUGGCUGCACAGUGGCAUCCUAAUGACCGGCGCAAGAUUCAAACAUCGCUGCAAAUAUUCUUAACAAGUGGAAAGAAAGCCUCCGAUAUCUAUAAGGAGCAGAGAGAGACCAAAGCCAUGGCCCAGGCAACCUCGGACGGUAACUCGGAUCAAGCAGACGCAUUCAGCAUAGGUUCACCAUUGCUAUUUUGGGUUCAUGCGAAAUCAGAUACUCUCAAAUCGAGGCUUGACAAACGAGUCGAAAAGAUGAUUGAUGUUGGCCUGUUGGAUGAAGUCAAGUCUAUGGAGACAAUUCGCCAAGAAUACAUUCGUGGUGGUGCUGAUCUUGAUCUUUCUCGUGGGAUAUGGGCUUCUAUCGGCUGGAAGGAAUUUGAGCUGUACCUACGCGCUCUUGAGCAGGAGGACAGAGAUCCAAAAAAGCUAGAUGCCCUCCGCGAUGAUUCGCUAGAAAAAAUGAAGGCAGCCACCCGACAAUAUGCGAAGAGACAAAUUCGAUGGAUCAGUCUAAAAUUGAUACCAAGUCUUGUUCAAAUGAACGCCCUCGAUAGAUUGUAUCUCCUCGAUGGGACAGAUGUAUCAUCAUGGUUGGAGAAUGUGUCAGAUCCUGCCAUUGGUGUUACCCAAGAAUUUCUUCUUGGGAGCAAGCUGCCAUCACCAAGUGAAAUGUCAACUCUAGCUGGAGAAUUCUUAAAUCCUGAAAAGCCCUUGCAGCACUCUCAGAGCAAAGCCCGUUGGGUGCCACAGAAAUGUGAAAUAUGUCACAUCGUCGUUAUGACAGAAGGUCAAUGGCAAGUGCAUUCUACAACCCGCGCUCAUCGACGAAUGGUAAAGAAGUUGCAGAAAAAUGGGGUAACUGGUAGGUCCCGUCACGAUAGCGAAAGGGGUGGUGGCACAUCAUCAUUUGCUACUUGA